GGCGGGCGCUGGCGGCGCUCGGUGGCGGCGGCGGCGGUUCGCGGGUCCCGGCCGGCGGGGCCGGGCCAUGGGGAAGGAGCAGGAGCUGCUGGAGGCCGCCCGCACCGGCAACCUGCCCGCCGUGGAGAAGCUGCUCUCGGGCAAGCGCCUCAGCUCGGGCUUCGGCUCGGGGGGCGGCGGGGGCGGGGGCGGCGCCGGGGGGCACCCGCUCUCCAGCCUGCUCAGCAUCUGGAGGGGACCAAAUGUGAACUGUGUUGACAGUACUGGAUACACUCCGCUGCACCACGCUGCUUUGAAUGGCCACAAGGACGUGGUGGAAGUUCUGCUGAGGAAUGAUGCGCUAACCAAUGUGGCGGAUUGCAAAGGUUGUUACCCUCUUCACUUGGCAGCCUGGAAAGGAGACGCAGAGAUAGUAAAACUUCUCAUUCAUCAGGGACCCUCCCACACUAAAGUGAAUGAACAGAAUACUCUUGAGAUCAAAGAAUUCAAAAAGUACGGCCCUUUUGACCCCUAUAUCAAUGCCAAGAAUAAUGACAAUGAGACUGCGCUGCACUGUGCUGCUCAGUAUGGCCACACGGAAGUUGUGAAGGUUCUCCUGGAGGAACUGACGGACCCCACGAUGCGCAAUAACAAGUUCGAGACGCCUCUGGAUUUGGCCGCACUCUAUGGAAGGCUGGAGGUUGUGAAGAUGCUGCUGAAUGCUCACCCCAAUCUUUUAAGCUGCAACACUAAGAAACACACACCCCUGCACCUGGCAGCUAGGAAUGGACAUAAAGCUGUAGUCCAUGUCCUCCUAGAUGCUGGCAUGGAUAGCAACUACCAGACUGAGAAGGGCAGUGCUUUGCACGAGGCUGCUUUGUUUGGCAAGACAGACGUGGUACAAAUAUUACUGGCUGCAGGUAUUGAUGUGAAUAUAAAAGAUAACAGAGGCCUGACAGCUCUGGAUAUUGUGAAGGAACUUCCGUCUCAGAAAAGCCAACAAAUUGCAGCUCUCAUUGAAGAUGACACAACUGGGAAGAAGAGUGCCAAAGCGACAGAGAAGGCUCUGCCAACACCUGUCAUUCCUGCCACUGAACCUGCAGUCCGGAUACCACAGGGUGAUGUGGAGAAAGCAGUGACUGAACUGAUCAUAGACUUUGAAAUGAACCCAGAGGAGGAGUGUCCUUAUGAAGCUUUAUACAAUGCAACAUCCUGUCACUCAUUGGACAGCCUCGCCAGUGGGAGGUCUUCAGACAGAGACUCUGUGAAUAAGGAAGCAGAGACAACGGGUCUUAAGGCAGCGGGAAUCAGGCCUAGAGAGCGUCCACCCCCUCCUGCCAAGCCACCCCCUGAUGAAGAGGAGGAGCAUGUGGAGAAGAAGCUAGGUCGCAGUGCUUCGUGUGAGGCCUCUGUGGUGCGGAGGAAGAGCAGGGGAAAUGCCGCCGAGGAAGAGGAGGAGCAUCCUUAUGAGCUGUUGCUUACUGCAGAAACUAAAAAGCCGCUUGCAGUGGAUAGAAAAACAAAAGGGGAAUCGCCAUCUUCAGGUGCUGUCAGCAGUCACCAGCUUCAGGCCAACCCCCGAAAAGGCACGUCUUCCCAAGAUGGUCAAUGGCCAUUGAAUCGCCAAGGUUCUUCCGACCUCUCUUAUAGCCAUUCUGAGCAAUAUCCAAACCCCGAAUCAUGCAUGAUUGAGACCUCAACAGACCACAGGAGGAGCAGUGACAGCCGGAGCCAAGAUUCGGCAGACAGCCAGGACAUCCAGGUCCCAGAGCAGUUUUCAGGGUUACUCCAUGGCUCUUCCCCGGUGUGUGAGAUAAACGAGGAUCCUUUCAGGCUCCUUUCUUCUGUGGCCAAAGGAGGCACGGAGGGCACAGGCCACUCACCUGCCAUGCAGUUGGAGGAUGUUGAUUUACCUGUCUCUGGAUCAGUACGGACCAGUUCUCCUGAGCAAAACCAGAAAGCGAUCUACGCAAAAGUCCAGCCCAAAAACAUCCAACAGGCAGAACCUGAAACUGCAGUGACUCCCCAAGUGCCGCAGCACCCUGGUGGUGCAGAGGAAGAGGGAGACAGAGGCGGUGCUGGGGGCCGAGCUCACCUAGGAGGCAAGCCCAAAGCAGAGCUCAAACUCAGUCGUAGCUUGUCCAAAUCGGACUCCGACCUCCUGACCUGCUCACCGACCGAGGACGAUGCCAUGGGGAGCCGGAGCGAAUCACUCUCAAACUGCAGCACUGGGAAGAAAAGGCUGGAGAAAUCUCCGUCUUUUGCUUCGGAGUGGGAUGAGAUUGAGAAAAUCAUGAGCUCCAUCGGUGAAGGCAUUGACUUUUCUCAGGAACAGCAGAGGAUCUCAGGUUCACGGAUGCUGGAGCAGAGUGUCGGGGAGUGGCUGGAGUCCAUCGGCCUGCAGCAAUAUGAGAGUAAGCUGCUUUUGAACGGCUUUGACGAUGUCCGCUUCAUGGGCUGUAACGUAAUGGAAGAUCAGGACCUUCGGGAGAUCGGGAUUAGCGACCCGCAGCACCGCAGGAAACUUCUCCAGGCCGCACGUCCCCUUCCGAAGGUGAAAUCUCUGGGUUGUGAUGGGAACAGCCAGCCUUCGGUUCCCGCUUGGCUUGACUCUUUGGGGCUGCAGGACUACAUUCAGUCCUUCCUGUCGAGUGGCUACAGCUCUAUUGACACUGUGAAAAACCUCUGGGAGCUUGAAAUAGUAAAUGUGCUGAAGGUGAAUCUGCUUGGCCAUCGGAAGCGAAUCAUUGCCUCCUUGGCAGACAGACCGUAUGAGGAGCCACCCCAGAAACCACCACGGUUCUCGCAGCUGAGGUGCCAGGAUCUGAUGUCCCAGACUUCCUCACUGCUGAGCCAGACUGACUCCUACACAGGGAGGUCUGCGGAGCUCUUGCUGCCUUCGGGGGAUACUGGGAAGAGGCGACAUGAUAGUGGCCAUGAUGCUGCUUCUCACCCCAGAGCUGACAGAUACAAAGCACAGGAGGAGCACCGUGAGUCCAGACUGACUCUCAGGCCCCCGAGUCUUGCUGCGCCAUAUGCACCUGUCCAGAAUUGGCAACACCAGCCUGAGAAGCUCAUUUUCGAGUCCUGUGGGUACGAGGCCAACUAUCUGGGCUCCAUGUUAAUCAAAGACCUGCGAGGGACGGAGUCGACGCAGGAUGCCUGUGCAAAGAUGAGGAAAUCCACGGAGCAUAUGAAGAAGAUCCCAACCAUAAUAUUAUCCAUCACUUACAAAGGGGUGAAGUUCAUAGAUGCUUCUAACAAGAAUGUCAUCGCCGAGCACGAAAUCCGGAACAUCUCCUGCGCGGCCCAGGACCCCGAGGAUCUCUGCACGUUCGCCUAUAUCACCAAGGACCUGCAGACCAGCCACCACUACUGCCAUGUCUUCAGCACCGUUGAUGUGAACCUGACAUAUGAAAUCAUCCUGACGUUGGGACAAGCGUUUGAAGUCGCCUAUCAGCUGGCCCUCCAAGCCCAAAAAUCAAAACCCACCAGUGCUUCGGCAGCGGAAACGAUAGAAACAAAAUCUUCCAAACCGGUGCCUAAACCCAGAGUCGGCAUGAGGAAAUCCGCAGUGCCGCUCCCUCCCGAUAGUCGCUGUUGUUACUGUCACUCCUGUACUACACACCGUCCCUCCUAUCUGCCGCUGCAGUCUGUUAGUCAAGGAGCUAAGUUGGAGCCAUCUGAAGUGGACCAAGACUCCCAGUCUCAUGCCAGUGUCUCCUGGAUUGUUGAACCCAAACAGGAUUCUAAGAGGACCCUCAGCACUAAGUAUGAGACCACUAUCUUCUAAAAAAAGCAACCCUGUGUCCACCUAGUCUAACCGUGCCUUUGCGAUCUGAUCUGUCUGCUGUUCUAAACUCCCUCUCCCUCCAGCUGCUGGCACUGAGCUCCACCUCUAGGGGCUACACCAUCAGAGGCAGCAGCUCUAGAAUACUGUAGACUAAACAGCUUUUGUAUCUGAUCACUACUGAACACUGUGAAUUCUCCUUACUCGGAAACAAGGGUAACAUGCGGAGAGAAUGACCUGUUAGAUACCUGUAAGGUGGGAGAUGCAGAGGGUUGGAAGCUGCGAGAGUCUGAGAUGUGGAUCCGGGAAGCCGCCUGCCAUUUCACAUUUUCCCCCUUGCUGCGGCACUGAAUCUCUGGGGGCAACGUGACACUUCCUGGGCCUUUUUGUAUUUAACAUUCUUAUCCUUGGACUGCUGUAGACCUCUUGUCUCGGAGGUGCGCACACUCACUCGUUCUAGGUUCUGUACUGAGCCACAGCUGUAUACUGUUUCAGCGAACUGUUACCCCUCUUUUUACCUGUCAUCUGAACCAACACUAACCAAUGUGAUCCUGUCUGCAAAUAAUCCAUUCACUAGAUUUCCUCGCAUGGAUCCUGUGUGCAAUCUCUUCCCCCCCACCCCACCCCGAAGUUCAGUGUUGCAAACCUGAUUGCACAGCUAAUGUGAGAGCUGCUCUGGGCCGCUUACACAGCGGUUGCUCUCACUGUGCACAUUGACCCUUCUUAGGGAUCAGGAUUGGUGUUGUGUAUAUAUAGGAAACGCCCGGCAGCAGCUUCUCAGCUGCCCCACUGAAGUCAUUGUGUGGGUUUCAUCCUGUCUUGUUGGAUUUGAUGCAGGGCCUUUCUAUUCAAACCAAUCAAACUGCUUGAGAGCUACCAGCUUGGUUCUCCCUUUUAGAACUAUACAUGGGUUAAGCUUUUAAAGGCACAUGUGACUAAUGCUGUACUGGGUGUGGGGCGGGGACUGAACUAUUUGUUGUCUGGCCAAAGCAGACUGAGGAGCUGGGAACUUUGCUCUGUUCAGCAGGUUUCCUGCAUGUUAACUUUGAUCCCAUUUCUCCCUUGGGCAGGAAGAAAGUACAAGUCUUCUGCAGAUCACAAGGCUAUUAAAUGCUGUGCAAUGACAGCUAGAGCGAUCUUGAAACAACUGCCAUUUCUCCAUCCCUUGGCAAUGGGAUUACCCUUAGGGAGGGCCCUAGGUGCCUGGGUACCCUAAGUGCAUACACCUCCCCCUUUCCGUUCACCUCAUUUCCUUGUCUGCAAAGUUUCUGAGCCCAUGGUUGGCUAGAUAGAUGUGUCUGUGGCUGCUACUUUAGUUCCUAAAUGUGACUCGGACCCCUUAUAACUGAAACCACAGAGCACAUGCUGCUGUGCAGGCCGAGCAGAGCUGGGACCUCGUUUGGAGGGUGGCCUCUGUGCCAUAAAGUAGUUUGUUAGCCAGUGACCAUGGUGAUACAAAUACAGUAGAGCCUCAGCGUUAUGAACACCAGAAUUAGAAACUGAGUCAACCACACACCUCAUCUGGAACUGGAAAUAUGCCAUCAGGCAGCAGCAGAAAGACACACAAAAGUAAAUGCAGUAUAGUACUGUGUUAAACGUAAACUACUAAAAAAAAAUGAAGGGAAAGUUUAAAAACAAUUGACAAGGGAAGGAAACUGUUUCUGUGCUUGUUUCAUUUAAAUUACGAUGGUUAAAAGCAGCAUGUUUCUUCUGCACAGUAAAGUUUCAAAGCUGUGUUAAGUCAAUGUUCAGUUGUAAAUUUUUGAAAGAACAACCAGUGUGUUUUGUUCAGAGUUAAACAUUUCAGCAUUAUGAACAACCUCCUUUCCUGAGGCGUGCGUAACUUUGAGGUUCUGCUCUAUUCUCUUGAGGUGCCCUGGUGAAUUCCCGACUGGGCUGUGUUUAUGGCCAGCCCUGAUUAAAGUGGGCAAAAUGUAUAAGGCUCAUUGAUAGCAUGAAACUGAGGAGGAAGGAUGGUCUGUAUAAGCAUUGGACCAGGGAGUCGGAACUGCUGGUUCUGUCACUGACUUGCUGUGUGACCACGUCCCUUAACCUCAGUUUCCCCCUUUAUCAAAUGGGGAUAAUCUCUCUCCCUCACAGAGGUGAUGUGAGGCUUAAUCAGUUUGCAAAGCAAUUUGAGAGCCUCUAAGGAAAGGCACUAUGUGACUAGCAUGUAGUAGUAGUCCUGUGACAACAACCCACUAUGCUCCGCUUCACUCUCUCUCCUGCCACAUGAAAUACCAGUCUCAUAAGGGAGGUUGCACCUUGGAUUCUGACCAGCGUUCUAAAGUCAGACUGAAAACCACCUAUUCCUUUCUAAGGAAGCACCUGGCUGUGUGGGACAGUAGGGGUUAGUACAGCAGCCAUUCAGCUGUCACACUGGACAAAGAUCACAAAUGUGUUUGAUCCUAGUCUAAUUCCAAGCAUACCAACAUCAUUUAUUUUGCACCAUUAGCAGAAUCUGCUCAUAGGAAAAUCAGCAGUGGGAGAGUUGCAGGUGACAAUCAAGGUGUGGUAGGAAGAGAGCUGUGAAGGAAGCUGGACAGCUACUACCUACGCUAUUCUUACCUCUGCUUCGUGAUGGUUUUCAUGAACAGUUUAAAACCUGCAUCUUCUCCUCCUCCCCAAAUAUCCAUCUCUAAACACACACAGUGUGUCCAUACUGGCUCUUGAAUCUUAAGCAAACCCCAUUUACUGAUGCAACCUCGAUUGUCCAGAGCAGGAACUAAGGGUAUAAGAGUUUUCUUCAGAUGUCAUAAUCUCUGCAGCAACCAACCACCCCAAAUGUGGUAAUUCAGCCUGGAUCCUCGCUUGUUGUGUAUUAGAACCAAUAAGGAUCACUUUUUAGUGGGCUAUUGAUUUUGCAUCAGUCUUUUCUCUCCUUUUCUCCCCUCCAGCCCAGUAAUUAUACUAGAAUCUUGUGUUUCAAAAUCUUUAUCUAGCUCCUUCCUUGGAAUGAGUCUGAUCUCCCAGUCCUCAGGGCCAUGGCCUAACAAGGCAAACAGAGUUCAGAAAUAACCUGGUUAGUAAGUAUCCAAGUAAAGAGGGUAGGAGGAUAUUUUGUAAAGCACAAAGAAUAAAAUCUCAGUCUUGUACAUAGAUUUAACAUAUCACGCACCCCUGGCCCCCAUGGUAAGGGAUUACAGAUGCUUAGACAAAAGAAUCCUUAACUAGAGAAAUACUACAGUGAAUGCCCAGAACACUGCAGUGUUACUGUUAACUGUAGUGGUUUGGGCACUUGCUGUAGAAUACGGUGGUAUUUUUACAGGCUGCUGCGUAUUGUUUGGCAAGCUGUGAACGGCGCUCUGAAACCUCUUUUCAAUCGUUCAGAAGAGAUGUUCAAUCAGGAAUGCAAGUGAUGGUGUGCUUUUAUGCUUAAGAGUUUACCAUCAGUUACAGCUACCCACAUACAGACCCGAUUUUUGGAGGAGCUGAGCCCUUGCAACUGCCAGUGUCUUCAGUGGGUUCUCAGCGCCUUUAAAAAAAAAAAAAAAAAAAAAAAAGGGGGGGGGGGGGUUUGUUGUGCGUGUGCCUUUUUAAUGCUGACCUCUGACCCUAGGUGGAAUCACAGCAGCCCUGUCUGAACAGAGGGCUUGUGCUGUGCACCUGUAGCUCUCACCAAUUUGUGGCUCUAUUAUUUCUCACUGCUUGGUCAUACACCCUUCUCCCCCCCCCAGCAUUGGUUUGAACGUGACUCAUGAAAUUAUUCAUUGCAUUUUUGCCUUUCUGUUAACGUUGUCCCCUGUUCUGUUUGCCUCUGGAAAGCUGAUAUGCAGGCAGCUGUGUGCUACCAUGGAAAUGUAGUAACGGGGCAGAGACCUAAGAAGCAGUGGUCCCCCAAGAGGAUGAAGAUCUCCACCCGGCACUGAUGUCUGCCUCUUUGAAUAUGUUCAUGACUGCUGCGUAAGGGCUUCCACAAUUGAGGGGGGAAAAGGGAUCCCAGCAACCAGCUGACAAAAGCAGCUAUGCAUUCCUAGCAAAGGAGAUUUGAGACUUCUGAGCUCAAGGGAGUGAUACCUUAUUUUCUAGUCUGUUGCAACAAAUCUUUUUUUAAAGAGGUUUUUUUCCUUUUACAUGCAAUGAUACGAAGCAAAACAAAUCCACAACUUAAAUGUAGCAUGUUGCAAUUUUUUGGGGUGGAACAACCCUUAGUAAAUUAAGAUUCCACAGUACUGUCCUGUCCUACAAAGAGUACGGUAAAAAGUCUUAGCAAUGGCGCUAGUAUGUGUAUGUCUAAUGGUACUUUAAUUCACCUCGGAUCUUGGUGGGUAGUAGAAAACAAUUCCAAGAUUUUGGUCAUAGUUGUUUGUUCCAAAUUCUGAAACUCAGCUGCAUGGGUUUUCAUGCACUUUUUUUCUUUAAAGCCACUCCAAGCCUAAAUGGGAGAUGGAUAUAAUUUAAGGAAAACUGUCUGUAAAGGGGUUACAAUCCUAGUGAUUAUCACUGGGUAUCACCCAUGGUACGAAACCUGCUUUCUAGAGAACUGUUGCAUUGCAAUACUUGAUGUUUUUAUGGUAAGGAGGACACAAUUACUUUCCUUUCCAUUAGUUUAUCACACUGAAUAACUGGAGAGUUUGCUCCUUUCUAUACCCUCUUGCAUCUGCCAUGUUUUUUAAAUGCAGUUAUGUGCUACUGGGUUGGGUUUUUAAAGUCUGAUUGUGAUUUAACACUUUGAUACUAGCUCAUUAUUGAAUUACCAUUAGUGUAACAGUAUUUCAGAAUAUGAACCAACAAGGAGUUAUAUUCUGGGCAUUACACUGAAACAGACCAUACCUGAUCAUAAAUUUUAAUCAAUCUAAGGAUGGUUGGUCCCAAGCAGUCUCACAUUCUUAAACAGAACACAAUCUUGAAGGUGCUUUGUAAUUACGCUUCAUUUAAACUACCUGAGUAUUUAAUGGUGGCUUUGGCUGUGACAGUUGUGUGAACUGUUUUCCAGUGCCCUGACCAUCAGGACCUUGUUGGAAGGAGAGAUGGUAAAAUGGCAUGACUUGGUUCUUGAGAUGUAAAAACAGGGCAUGCCAUGCCAUUGCUUUGGUCUCAGGCAGGUGUGAUGGUUUGGUGGUGCCCUGCUGCUUAGUAGAACUUUGUGUCUUAGCUAUUUGUUUUUAACUCCAGUUACUGCUGUAUCUGUCAGGAUUUAAUUUAGUCUCAUUCCAGUUGAUGGUGAGUGCUGAGAGAAACAAACAAUCCCCAGGGCCUAGACCUAUCAAUGAUUGGUGAGUGGGAAAACAAGCUCUUUUUUUAAAAUGAGUGCAUUUUAGGAAACUUAACAUUCCUUCUUAUGCCUAUGUUGCAGUUCAUACUGAUAUAAGUGUAAAUAUUUGGUGUGUUAGCAACAAGUCUGUUUGCAGAGAUUGAACCCUUGCCUUGGAGGAGGGAUAGCUCUCUGUUGGAUGCAGGAGCUUUUGAGGUUGGCUGGCAGUAAUAGUGAUGAAGACUCCAGUCUUGCUGUUGUCUCCAGUGAUUCAACAACCCCCUUCGCUGUUUUCUUGCUAGGUGUUUGUUUUCUCCUAGACACAGAAUAUGUAUUGCAGGGGAGCUGAGCUUUGGUAGUGUAUGUUUUCAAGGUACUUGCCUAGUAGGGCUCUCCUCCUGGACCCCAGCCUAUCUUUUCAGGAGUUCAAGUGGCUCCCAAUCUCUUAGUACUUUGCCAUUUGUGCACUGUUCAGGCUCUUGUGUUCCUACAGGCAUUCACAGUAUCUGGAGGAAAGUGUCCUAAAUUUCAGGUGCUGAAUGUGAUUAAUUUUUAAAGUUCUGAGCAAGUUCUGUUACCCACCUGUGAUCCACUUCCUUCCCUUUUUCAAAGGAUAGACAGUAUUCUAGAGCAAUCUCUGUUUGUAUUUGAUAAGGGUCCAGGCUGAGAACUCUAGACAGAUGUCAAAAUUAAUAGCUGAAUUGUCUUCUUAAAAUGAGGGUGCAGUCGUUUGAUGUAUUCAGCUUAAAGUGGCUGUAUCCUAUUCUAUACCUAUUAAAAAAAAUGGUAAUCUUGGCUGUUCAGUUUUGCCUUUAGAAGGAAGUUAUUUGGAUUUCUGAGCCCCCCCCCAUUCCCCUGGCAGAAAAAUGGUAUUUGGGUGUGUUUCAAGGGGAAGCUGAGCUGGACUGCUGCUCUUUGUGAGGCUGCUGCAAUGGACAGAGCAGACACCAAAUGGUAUCCCUGAGCAACUCUAUUUCUUGAGCUGUGAAACUGACCUGGGCUCAGCUACAUUAACACUCCCUCAUUCCAGAGUUCAGCUAUCUCUCAGCAGGCAUUUCUGUGGUUUCCCUUAUGCUUACAUCAGUUGAGUGCAGUAGGAUUUCAUUUUAUAACAAGUGCUCUGUUUGCAACUCCAGGCUUCCUUUUUGAUCCUACAUUGGCAUAUUUAGAGGUACCUGUACAACCAGAAGCCAUUUUGAUGCUUGAAAUGAGUGCUAACUCAAAUUUUUUUGUCUUUUGAAAAAUAACCUGAGAUUUCCCCAACAGGGCAGAGAACAGUCAACUUCAGUUUGCAAUGUAGACCUUUUUGCUAAUUGUGAUGUAUGGCAGUGGGACUGAUUUGUAAUAAAAAUGUUAUUUAAUCUCUCUGUAUUUUGAUACUUGAAUUUUCUUUUAUUUUCCUGUAUAUACAAUUGUUAAUCUGUUUGAAUUUUAAACAUCUUGUGGUACCAAACAUAACCAAUCUGUGCAACAACAUAGACUGACCUCACUACAAGGCAAGAUUGUAAAUAUUUCUGGGCUUCCAGCAGUCGUUUUGUUGUUUUUCAUAACUGUACAACUUAGAACAGACUGAAUUAAUAAAUAAACUCAGACACACCUUU